AUGCUAACUACUCUUCUGAGCAGUCAAAUCAACGGCCGUUUCAUACUAGACGAUGACGACUACGAUAAUUACCAACGAAAACCAAACGAAGAUUUUGAACAAAGGCUGUCAUCGUCACUUUCGAAACGAGAACUUUCAGAUGACUAUUCAUUACUGCUCUUCUUAACAGUGUUCGGUGUCGACGAUGAUUUACAAGAUCAGUUGACUGAAAUUGUCAAUGGAUUAAGUGAAGAAGAACGUAAACCGAUAGUUGAUAUUAUUUCUGGUAACAUGGCGCUAGCACUACAAUCGUUAUGUCUACAAGUAAUAGAUGAGGGAAAAUCGAUCUUAGUGGAAGAUCUGAUGGAAAUGGCGAAAAUGAUUUUUGAUAUGGAAUUUAAACAAGCUACAAAAAAAUUCAAUACAAAUGAUCGAAACGUAUUCAGUAAAGUAUUUGAACAGAUGAAUUCAAAUGCAGCAAAGGCAUGUAGAAUCCUAUCGAAAAUGUCCCCAAAACUAUCGACUGCUCGAUAA